AUGUACAUUACACCUUCAGGCUACUCCCAGAUCUUCCACGAUAUCAAGCGAACGUCACUUUCACAUUCCACUUGUAAGCUCGUGGUAUUUGUAUCGUGUCUCGACAUCGAUUCACUCUGUGCUGCCAAGAUUGUCAGCUUACUCUUGAGGAAGGAGUUGAUUCAGUAUCAACUUAUUCCUGUAGUUGGCUACUCUGAUUUGAAAGGUCAUUACUCCAAACUCGAUGCAGACGUGUCCAAUGUCAUUCUCAUAGGCUGUGGUGCCAUGUUGGACUUGGAGACGUUCUUUGACAUCAACAUUGACGAAUUGGCCUAUGACUCAGAAAGCAGAGAGGGCUUAACGACACUCUCGAUAAAGAUAUAUGUGAUAGAUGGCCAUAGGCCUUGGAACCUCGAUAACGUAUUUGGUUCGUCGGUAGUAGUGUGUUUGGAUGACGGCUUUGUCGACUCCAACUUGGUUGACCAGAAAUCAGCAUAUGACGUACUCGUAGAACAAGACGAGGAAGAAAGCGAAGAUGAAGACGAAGACGAAGACGAAGAGUCGGCAUCGCUGGCUGAAAUUGACAUCUCUCUGAAUGACGAAGAAAUAUCAUUUAAUUCCCAAGAUUCAGAGGAUGCCAUAUCUCGAAAGCGUAAGAUACAAGAACGUCGUUUGAAAAAUCUCAAGAAACAGAGAAAACUCGAGAAAACAAUACACGAAGAAACAAUACAGUCAUAUUACAACCAAGGUACUACUAUUAUGACAGCUACUACGACCAUAGUUUAUGCAUUACUUGCUUCCAUCGGGGAAACAAGUUUGGAAAAUCUAUGGUUGGCCAUUAUCGGCACUUCUUCUCUCGACAACCAGUACCCUGAAAUUUACGAUAAGCUCCAGCCACUUUUGAAAGAUGAAGUAUUGAGAUUGAACCCUUCCAAUAACUCCAUAAGUAACAAUAACAUCAACGAGAAAACGGCAGACUCGACUUCCCUCAGCAUCGAAAGAGAUUAUCACCUUUUCUUAUUACGUCACUGGACUCUAUAUGAUUCUUUCUUCUACUCCAGUCACGUAAAUUCCAAGCUCAAUCUUUGGAGAGAAGAUGGUCGAAAGAAGUUGCAUAAGUUAUUCGCCAAGAUGGGAGUCUCUUUGGCAUCAGCUCAGCAGAAGUGGCUCUACAUGGAUGUCCGUAUCAAGAGGCAAUUGCCAUUUAUAUUUAAUAAGUAUUUGCCAAUCUAUGGUUUGGAAGGCGUAGUUCGUGAAGGGUUCAUUAGAACUUUCGGAUACACGGGGCAACUUUCAGCUAUGGAAUGUGUGGAGGCAUUGACAGCUUUACUAGAAUCCGAUAAACGGUUACUUAGUGGAGAUCGUGAAAAUACUCCAAUCAGUGGUGACGAAGAUGACUCUCAGGAUGAACAGGAAAGAAUACAGGAUAAAAUUGAUAGAAAGGAAAAGGCUUGGAUAAAUAACUUCUGGUCGUCUUGGGAUGCAUUAAAUAUGAAUCCUUCGACUUUGUUGUUACAAGGUUUGGAACAGGCGAAGGUAAUUCAGCAAGUGAUCUUCAAAACAGGAAUGUCUCUUUUGGAGAGAAAAUUGGUUAAAAACUUGCGAUUGUAUCGUUUGUGUGUUUUGAACGAUGGAUCAAUACCAGACUUAAGCAUUUUCAACAAUCCACUAAUGCUCGCAAAACUUGGUUCAUGGUUGCUUGAAAACCUUUCUGAGUUAUUCCUCAUCAAUUCGUCGCAGUCAUUGAAACCCUUAGUAGUGGCAAGUUUGGAUAUGGCCACUGAUACGUACCUUGUAAUAGGAAUGGCACCCAAGUACCCCAGGGGAAUGGACAAUACUACCAGAGCUAAAUUAAUGCAAGGACAGCAAGAUGACCAGGAGAAAAAUGGAGCGCCAACUUUGACCACCAGGCUUAAUACAUUUAGUGUCGCAUUUCAGCAAUUGGCUAAUACCUCUGGUGCAAAAGUUAGAAUCGAUAGUUUCGACAGUUCUGUUAUCGAAAUCAGAAAAGACGAUUUGCCUCCAUUCCUCGAAAAGUUAACUUUGAGUGGUUUAAUAUAG